AUGCUUGCUGCCGCUCUGCACCUCCCGAGCUUCCUGCUGGCCUGCGCGCUGCUGAAGAGCUGCGGGGCGUUCAAAAACGAUGCGACCGAGAUCCUCUAUUCCCACGUUGUCAAGCCCGCCCCGGCCAGCGCCAGCAGCAACAACAGCACCUUGAAUCAAGCGAGGCACGGGGGCAGGCACCCGGGAUUCGAUCGGAGCAGUCGAGUUCAAGUUGGCUGUCGGGAACUGCGAUCAACAAAAUAUAUUUCAGAUGGCCAAUGUACCAGCAUAAACCCUCUGAAAGAGUUAGUAUGUGCUGGGGAAUGCCUCCCUUUGCCAGUACUACCUAACUGGAUUGGGGGAGGUUAUGGAUCCAAGUACUGGAGCAGAAGAAGCUCACAGGAGUGGAGAUGUGUCAAUGAUAAAACUCGCACCCAGAGGAUUCAGCUGCAGUGCCAAGAUGGAAGCACAAGAACCUACAAAGUAACUGUGGUUACAGCUUGUAAGUGCAAACGAUACACCAGACAACACAAUGAAUCCAGUCAUAACUUUGAAGGAGCAACUCAAGCCAAGCCAAACCAACAUCAUAAGGAGAGAAAAAGGAACAGCAAAUCUGUGAAGCAAUCUCCAAGUUAG